GCGACUAUUGCACUUGGCUUCAGCCUUGAUUCUAUAUAAAUCUAGUUUAAAGUAGGCCAAUUCAUAGUAUGAGAGAAGGUGAUCAUUCAGCAGACCACACAAGAGAUCCUUGUCCUUACAAUAUUGUCAGCGAUGUUGGUAUUGGAUUCUCGAUGGGAGCCAUUGGUGGUACGUUCUGGCAUGGGUUUAAAGGGUACAGAAACUCACCUCAAGGAGAGCGAUGGGUAGGAGCCAUCAGUUCUAUCAAGGCACGAGCACCCAUUGCAGGAGGCAACUUUGCGGUAUGGUCAGGUUUGUUCAACACAUUUGAUUGCAUUUUGGCCGAUGUGCGAGCCAAAGAAGACGGAUGGAAUCCAAUCAUUGCAGGAGCAGCUACAGGAGCAGUUCUUGCAGUACGAUCAGGUCCACGAGGAAUGGCUCUGUCUGCCACUGUGGGAGCAGUGAUUCUUGCAGUCAUGGAAGGUGCCAAUGUGAUGAUCAGCAAGAUGAGCAGUAGUAGUUUUGAUCCUCAACCUCUUCCACCAAGCAUGAAUCUAGCCAAGAGUCAACCAGCAUUGCCAACGGAAACACCCGAAACACCUGAUUCAUCCUUUGUAGCUGAUCCCAAGCCAGAUCCAUCGGAUCAAACGAGUCAAGCACGACAGUCUGCACCAUUUCAAACUGGACUUUUUAAAGGACGAUUUGGGAUUGCAUAAACAAAUAAUAUUUUAUCUUUUAAAGUGAUUGUAUUUGAAUGAAAUUAGAUGAAAUGAGAAUGAAAUGAGAAUGAGAAUCAAGCCAU